UAGUUUACAGUCGUUGGUCGUUCGUUGAAGUUGCAAGUUUUGCACGUCGCGCGCGCGUAACACAAAAUAAUUUCGUGACGUCUCUUGUCAUUUUGAAAACGUAUUCGCUAAAGUUAUUUGCAGUGUGAGUGCUUUGAGUGUUGAGUGCGAGUGCGAGUGCAAGUGCGAGUAUUCAUUCAACAAGGAAAUUGCCCAGCGAAAUUAUCGUACGCUCUACGAAUUCGAACAAAUAACCACCGAAUAACCAUCUACUCUCGACCAAUUAUUAAAUAAAAAAGCAAAAAAAGAAAGAAAAUUGUUUAUAACCAAGUGUUGGAAAAAUAAAAGUGUGAAGACGAAACAGAGGUGAAAAAUGAAUUUUUUUGUUAUUGGAUUUCUGAUCAUGCAGGCGGCAAGAUUGGCUUGCGGGACUUGCGUUUUUAUGUCCGAUUACGGUUUCACACUCGAUUGUAACUUCAAAAAGUCUGGACUGUUUCGUGUACGAAAUUUGGGUGGCGUAAAGGCACAUUUCGGUUUAGGUCUCAGCCUGGGCGAUGAGCUGGGCUUUAAGGAGUCGCUGGGCAACCAGGAGAGCGAUCGUCGUCGCGCCAUUAGCUAUAGAAAUGGACCAGCACCCGCUGAGCUCGUUGGCGUGCUGCCCUCGUCAAAGCAACAGCAGGAGGUGCAACCUGCUCAGCAGACGCUUUCAGAUAAACGCAUUUCAUCACGCUCCACGGGUCCAGUGCCAUACAAUCUACAGCUGCUGCAACAGGGUCAGGCCACGAUCAAGAAGCAAGCUCAAGCUCAGGCACAAGCUCUGGCGCAAGCGCAGCUCAUGACCGAGGCGCGUCCACUGCCAUUGGGCGUGCCCGCCUUUAGGCCCAUACCAAAGAAGCCCGUGAUCAACGAGCCGUUGCCGUCGUCGCUCAACGCACAGCGACGCAUUGCCACCGUGGACACAACGCAGCCGCGGGUUAGCAUCAACAACAGACUGGUCGACAGCAAUGAUCAACCGCACUCAAAUCGCACAUUCCAUGCGGAUAAUCCUGUGGUCUCUCAACCUGUGGCUGUGCCCGCUUUCCAGGCGAUGCCGCAGUCCAUUUCACGCAUUGCCAACGUGGGCAAGGUAGAAGUGACGCAACCAGAGCAACGCACAGUAUCCAAGCAUCCCAAUUAUCUGCAGUUUGAGGAGCCCAAAUUUGACCUUAAGGAUGUGACCGUUGAAGAACUUGCGGCGGCAGCGAAUGUCACCGUGGAGACGAUCAAACAUGCGAUCUAUGUGCGAGAGCAGCAGCUGAAGGCGGAGCAUCGUGCCAUGCUGGCAUCCAAGUUGCGUGAGGAAUUCAUGCGCACUUCCACAGUGAAGACAACGACCACAACGACGACGACGACAACAACGCCCAAGCCACGCCUAGCAGAGCACAAAGUUUCCAAGGUGAUGAAUGCACCCAAGGAAUAUUAUCCCGUGGGCUAUGAGAAAAACUUUGAUGACAACUUCAAGUCGAAGGUGGAUUUGCCGCCAACGAGCUUCUCCUGCGCCAAGCAAAAGCAUUUUCCGGGUCUCUACGCCGACACGGAUUUGGGCUGCAUGGUAUUCCAUGUGUGUGCUUUAACUGACGAUGGCAUGGUCCGAAAAUCUUUCCUCUGCCCGGAGAAUACGCUCUUCGAUCAGACCAUACUCAAGUGCAAUUGGUGGUUCUAUGUGGACUGCAGCUCGAGCACCAGCGUCUAUGACUCCAACAUACCCAUCUCGAAAAGUUAUCAGCUGAUGAAGAGUCUCACUUACUUCUCGAAGUACAAUCAGAAAAAGGAUCAAGAUGGCGAUAAGGAUGAGAAUGCUGUCGAUAUCGACACGCUGCGUGAAUCCAUGGAAGGCGUCUCUCGGCGCUUGGAACAGGCGAAGAAUGCUCAGAGCGAUGAGGAGGAGGCAUCAAGUGCAGUGAAGGCUGAUCAUGAGCAUGUGGUGCCCGAGGGGGGAGAGAGUCAGCAGCAGUUGUCCAACUAGUUUAAAAGCGAAUCGAAUUGCUAUCUGAGAUCUAGAUGUAAGUUAAGUUCAUGAUCGAGCGUCUCUGGUCGAUUUGCCGUACAUAGUCAAUGCCUUGCGAAAGCCAAACGGUUGUCUGUAGUCUCUGGCCAAUCACAAUUACUAUCAAUCAAAUCAAAUGAAAUCAAAUUAAAUCAAUUCAAUCUAUCUAUGAAACAAUCAUAUCCUAUGGCAGCGCCUAUGCCAGGUCCUAGCUGUAGUCUCGAUAUAUCGAAAUACUUAGCUUUAACUUGUAAGUGGAUCAGUUCUAGUUUAUCGAACGCAAUUCUACGACUAAGUGUGCGAAUUGUGUGCAACUUGUGCGGUUAGUUGUUAGUUCUUACUUUUAUUUAUUUAUUGUAUUUUUCGACUAAAUAAAACACGUUAAAUC